UAAUGACUUGAAAUGGCGUUGCAAUAAAGCUGGUACUGGUGAUAAUGUUGAAGGCGAAAAUGCUGAAGGUAUUUGUAAUGAUGUCAAAGAUGAAGGUGCUUGUUGUAAUGAUGCUAGAGAUGAUGGUGUUUGCAAUAAUACUGAAGGUGAAG